AUGGGCAAGAAACGAGUUGAUAACGCUUUGGAGGUCGUGUGCCGAAUCGUGCCCUACAAUGGAUCGGACCCUUGUCUGACGGUUGAAGAUGAAACAACGCUUGUUGCAAUUGCACCGGAAACGACAAAGAAACAAGGAGUUAGACCAGAAAGCCGAACCUUCAAAUUUUCACACGUCUUCGAUGAAACAGAUGACCAACGCAAGAUUUUCGACCGAUCAGCCAUGGACCUCAUGGAGAACAUAUUACAAGGAAAGAAUUCUCUUCUCUUCACGUACGGAGUCACUGGCGGUGGAAAGACUUACACAAUGACGGGCAAUACAAAAGCGGUUGGCAUUCUACCGCGAUGUUUGGACGUGCUCUUUAAUAGCAUCAAGAACAAUGCUGAGAAGUUCAUUUUCCAAACAAAUGGGCGCAAUGGUUACGUGAUCGCCAAUCAAAUGGAAGCAACAUUGGCACGAAAAGCGGCUGAAAGAGGAAAAAUCGACUACAGUACAGAAAUCAGCAAUGGUCGACAAGUAGAUGGACGACAAGUUUCUGGAUUCUCGGACGACUAUACUGGCGCUGUUUUUGUCUCUUAUGUAGAGGUCUACAACAAUUACGUCUACGAUCUGUUGGACGAUUCUAUUGGGACUCCAAUUGCUCGUGAUACUCGUGUCGACAUCGCAAAUUCUGUUUAUGUGGAUGGCGUAUCGGAAUUUGAGGUUGAGACAGCAGACGAAGCUUUGGAACUACUGGCUCGAGGAGAUCAACGGCGCAGAAUAUCGGACACUCUUUUGAACAAGUCUUCUUCUCGCUCGCAUUCGGUCUUUACAAUUCGUCUAGUACAAGCUCCUUUCGAAUCUGAUUUGGCCGAUUACCCCACUACGGACCAAAGGCAACUUGUCGUUUCGCAGCUAUCACUUGUCGAUCUCGCUGGAAGUGAACGCGCCAAACGAACGCGAAACACUGGUGCAAAACUGGCGGAAGCUGGGCAAAUAAACAACUCGCUUUUAACGUUAAGGCAAUGCUUUGAGAAACUGAGGUAUAAUCAACGCCGAAGAGGAAAGGAGAAUUUGCAAGUUGUGCCAUAUCGAAACUCAAAGCUGACGACUCUCUUCAAAAAUUUCUUUGAAGGAACUGGAAAAGUGCGAAUGAUUCUCUGCAUGAAUCCACGGCCAGAUGAUUAUCAGGAAAACCUCAGUGUUCUCGAGUUUGGAGAAGAGAGUCGGGCAAUUUGCACCAGAGUUGGAGAGAAUGUGAUUGCGAAUUUGGCUUCGACGCGCCCACCUGUUCCCAAGCGAUUCUUUUUACGAUGGAAUCAAGAGGCUGAUAGAAACGACAACUCAUCGCAAAUGUCAAUCUUCCCGUCCGGUGAACAAAUGCCACCGGAAGCAGGAGACAAUGAAGAAAUGAGCGCGCACUUCUCGAGGCUUCGUAAUUGGGCCGAACAACGCCAAAAUCUUCAAGCGUCCCUUUUGCAGAACAUGAAAGAAUCGGCGGUCCUUUUUGAACCAAAGCUUCGAGCCGCUCUAUGCCUCCUGGACUACCGUAACUACGAAUUAGAAGAACUGAAAAUACAAAAGCUGGAAGAUGAGUCGGCCUUGGCACGAGUUCAGGCUCAACUGAAGCAAGCAAAUAGAGAAUUGCUUUCACUUCGCGGUCGACUGAAGAUUUACGAAGAAGAAGACGCACGAGCCAUCACCGCCGAAGAGCAACAACGACUAAAAAAUAAAUCGGAGCAUGAGAAAUUGAAAGAAACGCAAAGGGCACUAAGGAAAAUCAAUGAAGUUUGCGAAAGUACGACUCGUUCUCCAUCAGUGGCACAAUUGAAGAGCACGUUCAAUCAAAUGGCAACAAGUACAAAGCAAAUAGCUUCUCCCGUGCGAAGGGCCCGAGAUGAAACGGAAAAGGGAGGCGCCGGUUUUUACGAUCCUCGUUAUCAACGCAGGUCAAAGUCUGCUCCUCGUAUGUUGGUCCAUCAACCCCUCAAUCGAAUCCCAACCGGAAACAUCCUGAGAGCCAAAGUGCCGCCAAAUGCCAUGACUACAACUGCCCCACAGACGAACGCGUUGAAGAAAAGCACGGAUUAUGUGCUCACUCAUCAAAUGGUCGACAAAGUAGGGAACAUCUCGACUAGCAUCGUUAAGGGCCACGUUAUUCCAACGGCUGGCGGUGGCUCGGCUGUUUGCUUUGAGAACGUCGAAAAACUGACCCACGAGAAGUUGACAAAUCGAGCUAAUGGAAAU